UGGAGUUCAAGAACCAGCCCCGCCUCUAAUUCGGCAACAUCACCUAAGUGCGUUCUGGCGAGAUAUAUCAACCAGGCAUCUGCCCAGACUUUCAGUACCUCUUAACACCGUGGUCGUCUGUAACAGUAAGCUACGUUUGACAGCUAUGCCAUAACGUCGCAACGUUUCUGAAACGCGGAACUUGUUACUUAGUUAAAACAACGUGUAUUUUACCGAUAUAUAUUUUUAACAAGAUAAACCUAAAAUGAUUCCACCACCUAGUCCACGGAUCAGCGACAAAAAGAACCUUACGGGAUGCGUCGGCAAGACGGAGACGAACCGGAUUGCAACCUCGCUUCUUGAAAAUAUCAAAACCCAAAUCAGGACCGAACCAUUUGAAGACAUCUACAACGUUAUACCUGACAAAGAGCUAGGCAGGGGAAAGUUCGCUGUAGUGAGGAGGUGCAUGGAGAAGGGCACAGGGAAAGUGUACGCAGCCAAGUUCCUGAGAAAGAGGAGAAAGGGCCAGGACUGCCGAGUUGAGGUGCUCCAUGAGAUCGCUGUGCUGGAGCUCACCGAACCCAACCCGAGGAUAAUCAGCCUGCACCAGGUCUACGAGACUCCCGCAGAGAUGGUCUUGGUACUGGAGUAUGCUGCGGGAGGGGAGAUCUUUGACCAGUGUGUCGCUGAGGGAGACGAGGCAUUCACCCAGGAGGAGGUCAAACAGCUAAUGAGACAAAUCCUAGAGGGUGUGGACUUUUUACACAGGAACAAUAUCGUUCACCUGGACCUCAAGCCCCAGAACAUCCUGCUGACCAGUGGUCGUCCCCUGGGGGAUAUAAAGAUAGUGGACUUUGGCCUGUCCAGAAGGCUGUGUCAGAACCAAGAGCUCAGGGAGAUAAUGGGCACGCCAGAGUAUGUCGCCCCAGAGAUUCUGAAUUAUGAACCAAUCAGCACAGCAACUGACAUGUGGAGCAUCGGGGUGCUGGCCUAUGUGAUGUUGACGGGGACCUCGCCAUUUCUUGGAGAUGACAAGCAGGGGACCUUCCUCAACAUCUCCCAGAUCAACAUAGACUACACGGAGGAUGAGCUCCAGGACCUCCCAGCCUCAGCCGUCGACUUCAUCCAGUCGCUCCUCAUCAAAGAGCCUAAGUGUCGUGCCACUGCUGAAGAGUGCCUAAGACAUCGCUGGCUCCAGGAGCAAGCCCAAAAGACCGAAGAGGAUCUCACCAGCGAGUUCUGCCAACCAGCACACACCUCCCCAUCAACCUCAUUGUCAUCCUUUUGCUCGCCAUCCUCAGGGGAUGAAGGUUCUGUGGUAGAGGAGCUGAUAGUAGUGGCAGCCUAUACCAUGAAACAAUGCAGGUCACCGACGCUCGACCCAGAGACACUGUCCCCAGAUUCAAAGGUCGUGUCUAAGCGAUUCCGUUUCGAGGAGCCUUUCAGCUCUGUGCAGAAGAUCAUCUUCUGAUGGUGUAAGCACUCCAACUGUCAGGGGGGAUCGUGACUCCAAUUGUCUUAUUAUAUUGUUUACCAAACACACCACACUGUCUCCAACCAAACUACAUCUGUUUGUCUGUGUCCCAUUUUAAGACAUUUUAUUAAAUCGUUUUAUGAACUCCCAAAGUUUGUUUGGUGCUGUUACUUGUGCUUACUUUCAAUGUUUUUGGUCAUGUUUUACUAGUUUGUCGUUCUUUUCCUAAUAUUAACGUUAUCUUUUGAGGACAAUUGUUUGCUAUUAUAACUUGUAUUGAUCUAUAUGACCGUGAUUAUUUACGUUUUUUUGUUUUUAUUCAUAAAGUCUUACAGAUUUCACUGCGGAAAAAGUCCUGCCCCGAUAAAUGACAACAGAACAAAACCUUCCUUCUAAAGUCAAGAGAUGCUGUACAAUAAGAUUAAGGCAUUGCCAAAUUAAAAUGUUUCAUGUGCCAGAUAGAUAUGUAGAUGAAGUGAUUACAUAAAUUCUCUUUACCGUACCUUCCUUCCCCUUUUGAUUCUUUCAAGGCAUUACUUUUUUUUAUUUGCCUGUGACAGCACUGUUUAUAAUAAAUAUGCAAGAAAUAACGGACAGCACUUAUUUCCUUCUACAGCAGGUGUAGGCAACUAGAAUCUGAUUUGGGAUUUAUCAUAUAGGGUGGUGAGGAGGCCAGGGAAAAAUGACAAAAAGAUACUAGUACACUAAGUUCAACACAACGAAACCCAAAGAGGGAGAAAUGAAGAACAAUUUCAUACAUUGAAAAGCUCAAUGUCUCUGUUUCAUUUGUAGGAUUUCCUAAAUUACAAAUUAUUAGAAAAUCCCAACCCCUGCCAUUUGCUUACUCCUGUUGUAUAGUAUGUAAACCUUGUACAAUAUGUACCAUGUAUAUAAAUGUCUUAAGGAUGUACAAAGUACCAUCAAUAAACAUUUGUCAAAGCAAUUA